UGUGGUAUCAGGCGUGUUCAAAUAGCCUGCGUCUCUCUUUCGUUCGACUCUCAAAUUCAUCAAAUCUACUUUUUCAGAGUUGUUGUACUGAACCUAAUCCCACGAUCAUCUGGCUCUUAUCUAAAGGCAUCCACGCCGCCUAAUCGGAACACCAGGAUUGUAGCCGCCCCACUUGUCUUCACCUUUCCAAUGCCCAUUACACGCCCCGACGAUGGCCAUGAGUACAACGAAUUUCCAGAACACCUCGAUGGCAACUCAUUGUUACCAUUCAACCCAUCACAACCGAUAAAUGCGUCCAACCUCCGCCUCAACGGCUCCUCGGCAGGCAGCACUUGGCAUCCUGCUGUGCAGCGGCAGCCUCAGCCUGGUCCAUGGUCAAACCCUGUCGCCGCGACGAAUCAAGUGACGGACCCAGGUCUUGAACUUUGGGGACUAUCAGGCACAGCAACUGCAAGUCAGCAGCUAGAAGCACUUGAGCUGGAACUACGACGUAACGAGCUUCUGAAGAAAAAACUUGAACUUCAGAUCCAGAUACGACAUGAGCAAUCUCAUGGGUUGCUCAAUCCUGAGGAACACAUGCCACCACAUCAAAGAGAUGUUGUGAAUAUGGGAACCAUGGACGCCUCUUUGUCGUUAUCAACAAUCUCCCAUGCCCAAUUUCCAGCCGUCACUGCAGGUUUCUUGUCUGCUCCUGAUGUUGAUCAGUGGAACCAAUCUCCAUCGUCCAUGAUAGCCGUUGCAGGUUUAGACGAUGCACAACUUUUGCCCCGCCAUGUCAUCUCUGACUUCCAGUACAACGAUCGUCAUGCUGGAUCAUUCUCCAAUCCUAGUGACCAUCAAAUUACAAGCACCAACACCGGCGAUGCAACGAUUCCCUGUCCUGAUUCUUACUCCAACGUCAUGGAAUACGUCAGGUCUGAUCUCGAGUACCCUGAGCCUCCUUAUCUUUUCUCCACUGUACCUAGUGAUCAGUUCUGCAUGUACGGUACGGCCCCUGGCAUGACUGCCAAUUUUGCAGAACCAUAUGUAACGACGCCACUACCAACAGAAUCGCCCUAUGAGCUUGGAAUGCUAUACCCGGUACCACUUGUUCAACCACACCACCUCGCAGUACAGGACCAAUCCAGCGAUCAACCACCAACGCAAGAGCAAGAAGUGGCGGAGCCUGCUCCCACAUCGCUCGUACCCCGGAAACCCCGAAAACGACCUCGAUCGCCAGAUUCUAACAAGGAACGACGGCUAUCAAAGCUCGCAAAGCGAACAAAGGUGCCUUCGAAUUAUCUCGGUCUCAUGUGUCAUUCUGGUUUGAUGAUUUCCAGCACUAGACAAAAACGUACAGAAGCACAAAAGAAGAACAGACAGGACCUUAAGAAACGCGGAGGGUCGUGUAUUUUGUGUUUUGUCCUGAAGAUGGUGUGCCAAGGCGGAAAUCCAUGCGAACGUUGCAAAGAGUUUUGGGCGAAGAGAGCCGACAGCUCGACUAGCUUCAAAUGGAGCUGUGUUGUCAGAACAAGAAUGGCCGACAUUGAAAUUUUCAAGUUCCCCUCGGAUACCGGAGACGAGCAUCAUGUGGGGAGUCCCGAACGUUUGGCGACAUCGCAACUCCUCAGCCUAUCACAGAACGACACAGGAAAGGAUAUCCUGGGGAUUAUCACAAACUUAAUCAGUCUCCUGAAUAUGCUUGAGCCAACCAAGGUAUUAAGAGCUUUGUCGCAUAGUACCGAGCUUGACAGGAACCCUCUUCCGGCCAGGUGGUUAUUUUUUAGCUAUAUCCAAAGUCUUUUGCGAUGGAAAAAAGCCAUACUUUGCCUCAAUCCUGGAUUAAAAGAGAUUGUUCAAUUUGCUGAGACGCAAUAUGUGCACCUGUCUCGAGUAGUUCUCGCCGAUUGUGACGACGUCGAUUCGCUUCCCCUAAAAGAAAAAUCUAUCGCUAUUCUGGUACACACAGCGCUUGUUCUCGACAACAUUCGCCACUUGAAAUCGAUGGAGGGUAUAAAUCCAUCUGCGGUAUCACAUCUCGAAUCUCUCCAAAAAAGCCGACUCGAGAUUUUGUGCGCUCGACUUUUCGCGCUCGACUCUCCAUUCAUGCAACUUGUGAAACAAAAUUGGAAAUACCAGCUUCUGGUUGGCAUGGUGAAAUAUGAACACCAGACUUGCCUGACGUCACAAGGUCAAGAUACACUUUUUCCGGAAAACGUGUACUCAUAUGUAGGAACGUUGAUUAAUCGCCAGGUGGUGUACAACUCCCUCUCUAAGAUGUUUCGAGAGAUUCGCGUACGCAACUAUCCUUGUGGUUGGACCUCUGUCUUUUUUCCGCGCAGCUAUUGGACAUUAUUCCCUCGCAUGAAAAGGUCUAUUUCUCGGAAGACCAAAACGCCCUUCUCGCGCUCGUCGUUUGUUAGAGGACUGGUUGACCAUAUCAUGAUGCCAACAAUCGAGGAAAUGGUUGAUGUUCAAGAAAUUCUAGGUUGGAAGAAGAUCUCGCUCCUGUUCCAUGACGCAGUGGUCUACUGGCUCAAAGACCUUCUUACACACUGCAACGAGGCUUCAAAGGUCAUGUUCGAGGAUAAGCCACAAAGUCUUGAGUGCUAUAGACUAAUGAAGAUCCUUGUUCUUGCUGGGAGACUUGUUCGACGAUAUCACUCAUGGGUAGGUGUCGAAGAGUUUGGAUCAGAAACAGAUCCACAUCUCCUCGCUGAGAAGAUGCAAGACUGGCUUAGAACCGAGAAGCCCAUCUUGGAGUGUGAGGAAGAAAGGUUGUCGAGCGAGCUCAGUCGGCUGAAGCAUGCGAUAGACGCACAUUUCGACUCUGAGGGCAUAUCUGAAGAUGAGGAGAGUGUUGAGGAUGAGUCUUCCGAUGAAGAGUGCGUUGUGGGCGAGUCUUCCGAUGAGGAUGAAUGGUGACACCCAUGAGCAAUGUACGCUCUCUUACCGAACCUCGUUAUUUGCUGGAAUAUUGCACACUAUGGCAGAAACAACAAACUUAGCUUCGUCCAGAUCUCUAACGUCAACGUCCAAACCUCAGGCGGGCGAACGAACAGUUUGGAAGAGGGAGAUAUACUUCAGGAUCGCGAAAUCUCCUAACUGAUACAACCUAAAAAGCCCCAAGAAGAGGAACAGUCUAUAUAAGUGAUGGGCUGUCUAAAAGCAUACCCUUGCUAUCGCGUCCGCGGGGCAAGGCGCUUAUUCAACGUAUGAAGUUCUGACCAUUCACGAUAGAGCAAGGCGUUAGGUUUACUUCAUUGUGCUAGAGUUAGAAUGAUAUGUAGGGAGUAGACGGAUAAGAUGGUGUGAUACAAAAUCUCAACUCAAGACUUGC